AUGGCCGACUGUGAGAGCAGAAAAAACUUUAUGCAGCUACUGCGGCAGGGCGUACAGCACAAGGUUCAGCAACAGCACCAGCAACAGGAGCAACAGAACAAAGCGAGCUCAUCGGGUGAAGAAAACCCUCAAGCUGAGACAAGCGGUAAAGUCCGUCACGCCACGCUGCUGGACUGCAGCAAUAAAGGCAAUGAGUUAGCUGCGUGGCAGACGCUCGCGUGGCGUGACGCCUUCUCCAUGGCACCGUAUUUUCACGAGACGGUCGGUGGCAGACCACUCCGUAUCAAGCAAGUGCUGCAGGGAGAGCUCAAUGGUUUUGGCACAGGCCUGACUGUGUGGCCUGCUGCUUGUGUGCUAUUGAAGUAUCUGGAACAAGGAGUAGCAAACAACCCACGAGCGUUGGCAGGUACAGACAACCCAUUUGUGCUGGAGCUCGGGAGCGGCACGGGUGCAGUGGGCAUCGCGGUGGCGACGCUACUUCAAGCGGGAAGAGUGGUGCUCACAGACGUGGACAAUGUUCGCUUCAUUAUGGAGGAGAACGCUACCUUAGCUCGGCAGGAUGGUGUGCUUGGCAGCCACGUUGUAGUCAAUGUUGAAGGAUACGAGUGGGGCCAGCCACCAUCAAACGAGCUUAUCUCGUUGAGAUACCCAGACCUCAUCCUUGUGUCGGACUGUAUCCUGCCACGCCUGUACCCAAUCGAGCCCCUUGUGAAUGCCUUGACACUUCUCAGUCGACCACACACCCGUAUUCUCAUUUCGUAUGAACAUCGCCACUAUCAGCAUUUUCAACCCAAACAAAGAUUCUGGGACCUCAUGAAGGCAAGGAAGUUUUCGCUGCGGGUGAUCGAUACUGCCGAAUAUCAUCCACACUGCGUUGCCGCAGAUAUUGAGGUGUGGGAGAUCACUAGCGUGCACAGAGAUGGGUAG